UUGAGGAUUGCGGGAAUGCUUACACAUGGUACAGCGCACUACAAAAACAUAUUGAGUGUCAUCAUCACAUCAAUAUUGAACACAAAGACAAACUGUUUUCUUCUAUUAAUGAUUUUUACAGCUGGAAAACUGAGAUGGAACAGAACAGUAUUCCGUCAUAUGUGAAGGACACUGCAGCAUACAUAACAAAAGACAAUUGCUGCACCAUUCAAUAUUAUAAUUGCCAUUGAUCACACAGUUACCAAACAAAGGAAACAUGUUUGAGGGGUAGCAAAAAAACUGGCCAUGCUUGUCCCUCACGAAUUAUGUGCAAGGUGUAUAAUGACGGACAUGUUGAAGUUGAUUACUGGAAGACACAUGUGGGACAUGAAAAUUUGAUAAAAUAUGUGCGGCUGGAUCAAAAUUUGAUCAGAAACAUCAAGGAUCAAAUUAAAGCAGGCGUAGAUGAUGACUUUAUUAUAAAAAACAUACGUGAAGAUUGUUAUAACAAAAAAUUACUGAGACCACUGAGAGCUUCCAUGAUAACGAAGAAAGAUUUAUGGAAUAUAAAAAGGCGGGUGUUACCACCAAAUGAUACCUUUAUAAAUAAAAAUGAUUCAAGAAGUGUAGCCGAUUCUUUGCAUUUAAUGCUGUAAAUAAUUUAAUUAUCUUCAUAAUUAACUAUUAUUGAUGUUUGCUUUAUUUGCAUAAUUCAUUUAAAGUUAUGCCAUUCAUUCAAGUUAUGGAAAUGUGUUUCAAAUUGUAAAUAUCUAUACAUUAUAUAGC